AUAUAUCCUCCAAUUUUCUGCCAUUUUCGGAUAAAUAAAAAAUGGCAACCACCGCAACACUAACUCAAUUCCUCCUCCACCGCCACAUCUUCCGCCCUCUCCACCUUUCAACCACCGUCCCUUUCUCUCUCAUCCACACUCCUAAACUCUCUUUCUCUCUCUUAAAAUCUCAAAUUCAACCACUUUCUUCUUCAUUUCCCCUGUUUUGUUCCCUUGAAGAAAACAUUAACCUUAGUAAUUCCGAAGAUUCUAAGGAAAAUGAAGCAACCCCAGAACCUAAAAUUGCUAAAAUUAAGGUUGGAGAUUUGCCCAAUUUGACUGUUAAAGAAAAGAAGGAUCUUUGUUCUUAUGCUAAUAGUCUUGGUGAUAAGCUUAAGUCUCAACAAGUGGGUAAAUCUGGUGUUACUGAUAAUGUUGUUUUUGCUUUGUCUGAAACUCUUGAGGCCAAUGAACUUCUCAAGCUUAAGAUACAUAGAACCUGCCCAGGCGAGAUGGAUGAUGUUGUUAAGCAACUAGAACUUGCUACUGGAUCUGUUGUUGUAGGCCAGAUUGGUCGAACAGUCAUAUUCUAUCGGCCAAGCCUUACAAAAUUAGAGGCGGAGAAGAAGAAAGAGCGUUCUCGGAAGCUUUUUGAUCAGAAGAGGGAGAGGGCUCAGGCCGCUUUCAUGAAAAGAGAACAAUUUCCAAAACGUCCAGGAGGCCCAGGUCGAGGUCAGUUUGGAUAUCGCAGAUCUGAGAAGGUUGCCUCAUAGAUUAGUUGUUUGGUAUUGUUGCUACAAUUAUUAGCAUCACCUGUCAUAGUGUAGAUCAUUUUUUCCCCAAUUUCAUGCCACUUCUUUUGUAAAAUUUGAGUAUCGAGUAUCUAGUAUCUCAAAAUGCUUAUGUGCUUCUUGAAGCUGUUCCCUUUUGUAUUUAUAACAAGAUAAAUCAGUGUAAGGUUGAGCUAGUGCAAGCCAAUAUGAAUCCUCUUUCUUCAUCUAAUGCAAACAA